AUGGCAGCGCUCGAAAGGCUGUUGGGACCGACGUUGAUCGGGAAAGGCGACCGCGUCGUGCAAACUGCCUCGCUCGACUCGGGAGUCAUUGGCAUCUACUUCAGCGCCCACUGGUGUCCUCCGUGUCGGCAGUUCACACCGAUGCUGGCGAGGAGAUAUCAGGAGUUGAAGAAUAUGAAUAAAGCUUUCGAGGUUGUCUUUGUCAGCUCUGACCACGACAGAGCUUCCUUCGAUGAAUAUUUCGCGUCCAUGCCUUGGCUGUCGCUUCCCUUUGAUGAUCGCGCACGAAAAGCCUCGCUCUCGCAGAUGUACACCGUCCAAGGCAUCCCCACUCUCAUUCUCGUUGACAGUAAAGGGGCUCUGGUCGAUCGGAAUGGCCGCCAAAAAGUGUUUGACGCAGCGUUCGUGUACAGUUUACCUGACAACGUCGAUGCGGAGGUCAAAGGUCUCACUCUGGAAGGCGUCAUUGACGCGAUCAGCAGCGACGCAGCCCUCAGCGAGGACGCGAAAGUGACCGGCUACUCCACAGUCGUCAAAAUCGUCAACAACAUCCUGAACAACCCUGGAGAUCCGAAAUAUUUGUCGUUGAAGAAAAACAAUGCUUCAGUUCAAGCGCGGCUCGGGAAUCGAAAUUUUAUUAAAAUCCUGAAACUCGCGGGUUUCCAAGAGACGCCGGAUGCGUACAAAUGCAGCGAGUGUCCAGACACCGCAAAGUUGAGAUGCGAAAAGGCUGCCGAUAAGCAUCCUGACAGUAAUGUUCUCGAGAAGAAAGCGGUUGAAGGCUCUUAG